AUGUUACUAUGCGGUCAUAAAUGUCCGCGAAAAUGCCAUCCAAUUCCGCAUUCUCAAGAACGAAAUCGUUACCAGUGCGAAGAAGAUUGUCAAAGGAAAUCAAAAGAGAAUUAUAAAAACAAAAAAUCCUCACAAGACUUUAAUGAAUGCCCACAUCCUUGCAAACGCAAGUGUUACGAAUGUUACGAAGAAGGUAGUUGUGGUGCCUGCGAAGAAGAUAUCAAAUGGAAGUUUACUGGCUGUGGCCACGAUAAAACUAUUAAAUGCCACGAGAGACGACUACACAGACUUUGCGAAGAACUUGUACCGAGCGAUAAGCUGAAAUGUGGGCAUACAAUCGAAAAAAUACCUUGUCAUCAACGGCAUAAUGUGGAUGAAUAUAAAUGUAGAAAAGCUAAAGAUGUCGAAAUUCCAGGAUGCGGACAUGUUGCUCGAGUCCCAUGUUUUGUAACAAAUCCGGAGUGCACAAAACGUUGUGGCUACAAAUUAUCUUGUGGUCAUGAAUGCGAAGGAGGAUGUGCAGCGCACAAAAAUUAUAUACACAGAAGAAGUGAUUGUAAGCGUGAGUGUCCCAAGACUCUUAUUUGUGGGCAUAGAUGUAUUAAUGGGUGUGCAGAACCGGAUCAACAUUCCUCUUCAUGUAUGGAAGAGUGCACUUAUAAAUGUUUACAUGGUAUGGAGUGUCCAUUCCAAUGUUAUGAACCAUGUUUCGAAUGUUUGGAGGAUUGUCCGUUGAAGUGCAAGCACGGCCAAUGCACUAAAAAGUGCUUCGAAGAUUGUAAUCGAUAUCCAUGCAACAAAUCAUGUACUGAAACUUUAGAUUGCGGACAUCCCUGUAACGGACUGUGUGGAGAACCAUGUCCUCCCUGUAAAAAGUGCAACCCUACUAUUGAGUGUCCUAUAACUUUAACAAAAAUUGGAGAGUUUUCCGAUGAUGAACGAUGCUAUAUGCUUCCUGAUUGUCGUUGCGUCUUUAUGGUUGAUGCUUUAGAUCAAUAUUUCAAAGAUAAACCAUCAGUUAAUGGACAUCUAGUAAUUAAGUUGUGGGACUGUCCAUGUUGCAAAAAACUUGUCUACACGGCUGGAAGGUAUAACAAGUUUAUAAAGGAUGCAGUCCGUAUGUGGAACGUCGUUAAAUUACAAAAAAAGCAAAAUGAACUUACCGAAGAAGAAAAGGAACAAAUUAUUCAGGCAAUGGAUAGUGAGAUCCAAGAGCUUUAUGGAGAUGGAGAUAAUGUUACGGGUCAUUGGUUCUGUUGUCCCAAUGGCCAUCCUUAUUAUAUCGGUGAGUGCGGAGGAGCUACUCAACGAUCAGUCUGUAAUGAUUGUGGUGCAAUAAUUGGUGGCACAGGUCAUAUAGUUGUUCCUUCAAAUUCUUUCUAUGGAGAAUUUGAUGGAAGUGCUGCCCCGGCAUAUCCUGGGCAACCUGGAAGGCAACCAAAUCGAUAA